ACAGUACUACAUCUCACGUGUUGCGGAAAUCGGCUUUGUUACAGUUUUAAGCAUUAGUGUCUAUUUCACACAAGAAGCCACGACAGAUUUUUCUCUUUAGCUUUAUCAGUUGAUUUCGGAAUAGAUCUGCACUUUUAGAAUUAUUUAGGCGCGCGGCGAGGCGCGAUGUCGUCCUCCGAGGUCGACCUCCACGCCCUGGUCGAGGGGCGGUGCGUGCGCGCGCGCGAGGAGGGCGGCCUGGCGAUCUACGCGCCGCGGACGAGGCUGCUUCGGCGCGACGAGGCGCGGCGGACGCAGGUGGCGGCGGUGGGCGAGUGGGCGGCGGGCGAGGUGCGGGCGGUCCUCCUGCUGGGCGAGACGGGCGCGGGCAAGACGCGCGCCCUCAACGCCAUGCUCAACGUGCUCUUCGGCGUGCGCUUCGGCGACACCUUUCGCCUCGAGCUGCCGGACCAGCUGGCCGAGGGGGCGCCGCGCAGCCCCGUGCACAGCCAAACGGACUACAUCAGCGCCUACCUGCUCUACGGCGGGGCCGGCGCGCCCUUCCGCUGCCACUACCUGCUCGUCGACACACCCGGCUUCGGCGACACGCGCGGCGCCGAGCACCGGCGGUCCGUCACGCAGCGCCUACGGGCGUUCCUGACGGAGGAGCCGAGCUUCGACAGCUUGCACUGCAUCGGCCUGGUGACCAAGGCCAACGAGAACCGCGUCUGCAGCGGCCAGAGGGAGGUCCUGGCCGAAUUCACGGCGCUCCUCGGCAGCGACGUGGCGGGCGUGACGCACCUGCUGGCCACCUUCGCCGUCGACGACGCGCCCGUCGAGGAGGUCAUGCGGAGCGCCGGCCUACUGUACAGCCACGCUUUCCUAUUCGACAACUGGCCCCUGUACGCCGCCCACGGCCCCGCCCUCUCGCCCGCGCGCAGGACCAGCCUCGAGCUCCGCUGGGACUGCAUGGCCGCCGAGUACCGCAGGUUCUUCGCCGCCGUCGACAGCGCGCGGCCCGUGAGCCUCACGCUGACGAGGGACCUGCUACGCGAGCGGCGGGAGCUCGAGGCGACGCUGGGGGCGCUCCGGGCGCAGGUGCGUCUUGCGGCGCAGGCUGCGUCCGCGCUGCGCGUCGAGCAGAGGGCCCAGAGGCAGGCCCUCCGCCUCGCGGGCCAGAUCGAGUGGAAGCGGGACGUCCGCCGCGUCCUCAGGGAGACCUACAAGGUGAUGAAGGGCUUCCACGCGCACAACUGCCCGCAGUGCGACCGCACAUGCAUCUUCCCGUGCGAGGAUCCCUCCAACGCGGUCCGCGGCGCCGUGGGAGCGGGCGUGGGCGUGGCGGCGGGCGCGGCGGCGGGGGCCGUGGGCGGCAUCCCUGGCGCGGCCAUCGGCGCGAUAAUCGGCGGCGCGUCGCUCGGCACGGGUUCCCUACUCUACAAGAAAGACUCGUGCUCCGGGCGGCGGCGCGAGGGCGUGUGCGGCGAGAGCGGCUGCAUGCACGCCCUGGACGCGCACUCCGUCGACGCCUUCCGCAUCAUCCGCAGCACCGUGACGGACGAGGUCGUGGACUACCGGGCGAAGGCGCGCCAUGACGAGGCGGCGGCCAUGGCGGCGGCGGCGGAGGCGGCGGCGCGCGGCCACGAGGAGGCGCUGGCGGAAUGUGACGGGCAGCUCGGGCGCCUCCUACGGGCGUUGCGCCGCCACGCCGAGCGGGUGUGGGAGCUCAGCGCCGAGGCGGAGAAGCCAAGGCUGCCGGCGCUGCUCGACAAGCUGAUCAUCGAAGCCCGCGAGGACGCAGACGAGGUGCAGCUGCUGAAGGGACUGAGGGAGGCGGCGGAGGCGGAAGACGGCGGGAAGAGGUCCUUCAGUGCGCUGCUGAGGACGGAUGACGACCAAGUGCCGGAGCUGCAGCAGGAGGAGGACGAGGACGCGCGGCUGCUCGACCUCUAGCCGCAGGCGGAGGAAGCCGGAGGAGAAGGACCUGUUUCAUCAACACGAAGGACCCAAAGCCGAGGGCCAGCUCUUUGCAGAUAUGUAUAGAUAAGGAUAAUAAUAAAAGGUUGCAAUGCUCUGUUCAAAGGGUGA